UGUGGUAUGCAGCAGAUAUUCAAAAUUGAGAAACAUGGCCAAACAUCAUCCUGACCUUAUUUUUUGUCGUAAACAGCCUGGUGUCGCUAUUGGUAGACUAUGUGAGAAGUGCGAUGGGAAGUGUGUGAUCUGUGAUUCUUACGUGAGACCAUGCACAUUGGUGAGGAUCUGUGAUGAGUGUAACUAUGGUUCCUACCAGGGCAGAUGUGUUAUCUGUGGAGGACCAGGAGUAUCAGAUGCUUACUACUGCAAAGAGUGUACUAUACAGGAGAAAGAUAGAGAUGGCUGCCCUAAGAUUGUGAACCUAGGAAGCUCCAAGACAGAUCUGUUCUAUGAGAGAAAGAAAUAUGGAUUCAAGAAGAGAUGAUGUGAUAGCGGACAAACCUUUGUAAAUAAUCUAAGUCUUGUAGCUAUGUUGUUGAUUAUGGGUAGUUAUGGGUAGUCUUGAGUCUUUGUGAGAUGCUGAAACAUAGCUGAUAAAUAAGGUACAGUGAUGAUUAUUCAGGAACUGUUUCUCAUUGUCACUCAUUGAACUUCUCAUCCUGGACUCAAUCCUACCUAACCCUAACCCUUACUGAGACCUUAUUGCAAGCCGAGCCCAAAUAGCCGGACAGGCCUUAUCUCAUAUACUUCAACACAUACUAAACACCUUUCAGGCCAUUCAAAAGACAAUAUGUGUUGAAAGUAAAUCCUAGAACAAAUAUCAGAUCACCAAAUAAAUGUGCUCUUCAUGGAGGGACUUUAAACCCAGAUGGCAGCUCACGUGAUCAA